AGCAAUGUCACUACAUCUCCAAGAUACGCGGAUCGGAAGUCUGUUUCUUGCUGUUAGUCUUUUAGUAGUGGUACUAUGCUGUUGCAGUGCGGUAACAGUUCAGAAACCUGCACCCUUUUGCAUCCUCAUCAAUUCAGAACAGAGGAGUUCUCAGGUGAGCUUUCUCAUCCACUCACCGGACACUUCAGCAUCUCCUCUCUUUUACUGGAGCAAGUGGACUUCAGAGAAACGUCUCGAAGGUUGUUUGAGGAGCAGCGACGGGACACUGGUCACGCGUUAUCGGUCACUCUGCCGUCACGAGCGCGCGCGGGACGAUGAACCAAUGCACUUCAACCUACGCGCGCUGCUGGAGGAUGCCAAUCUGUGUGAUAUGAACAUGCAUAUCAAUUCCGCUUUGCACAAAGAAGACAUAUAUCAAGGCCAGCAGAUGGAUUCAAGAGCAAAAAGUCGCCAAAAACGCGCGUGGGUUUUCCCGGGAACACUUUGGUGUGGACGUGGCACCAGCGCCAAUGACUAUGAACAGCUGGGUAUGUUUGUGCAUGCAGAUCGAUGCUGUCGAGAUCAUGAUCACUGUGAACUCAUCAUCCGCUCGUUCUCUGUGGACUUCGGCGUGUUCAACCCCUCUCUGUUCACUCUCUCUCACUGUGACUGUGACCGCAGAUUUAAACGAUGCCUUCUCAAUGGUAAUGACACCAUCUCCAACAUGGUGGGCUACAGUUUCUUCGACGUCCUGAAGCUCCGCUGCUUUGAGCUGAUCCAAAGGAAGAAAUGCACACAGUACAACUGGUUUGGACUGUGCACAGUGGUCCAGACAGCACCUGUGGCAGUAUGGAAAGAUUCAACACCGUACAUUUCUACCGCUCUGACUCAUGAGAACAGCGGCACCCCUGGCCUUUCAUGCAAUGAAGUGCCAAUCAAACGCUCACACAGCGGCAAACAAAGAAUCUCUAAACCUAAACGAAUUCAACUGACAAAAGACCAUAAAACCUGCCCUCCAGUGUACUAUGCAACAGGGGAAACAUUUCAGCCAAGUCAAAAGUUGGUGAGCCAAAUUGAAAAAAGGAAGAAACUACAAACAAAUGGAAAUCGAAAAGAAAGAAAGAAGUCACUCGUUUCCCAAAGGAAGGCAUCCAAAGUAAAGAAAAUGGUAACUCAGAAGUUCAAAAUGGAAACUACUCUUCAAAGCACCCAGAGAACCCCAAAAGCAAGUGUCACUCACUCCCCCUCAACCUUAUCUAAAACUAAAUUACUCUCAGUGCAAAAGGCCACUCAGUCCAAACAAUUGACCAUAGCUAAAUCAGGUGCAAGGACACUUAAAAAUACGCGAACAAUAGGUAAAAAGAAAAAGCUCCACAAGGAAAAACGAAUUCAAACCCCGAAAGCAUGAUGAGUUAAGAGACAAUUCCUUAAUGCAUGUACAGAAAGUGUGCAUUAAAUGUGCAUUAAGUGUCAGAAGGUCACAAUAAUCAACCGAAAUCAUUGCUCUUUUAUACACAGUCUGUAAUGACUUUUACAAGCA